CGUCAGUUCUCGCCAUAACUAUCUGCGUUCUCUUCGGCCUAGAACAUAUACGUCUGCUGUCAGCAUGUCCACCAGCGAGCAUUCUAUGAAGUACGCCGGCCAGAUGAACGCCCUAAAGAAGCCUACCAAUCUCACCGAAGGCAAGAAGCUGGCCCCUCAUGAGGCAACUCGCUGCAACGUCUGUGGUGACAUGUUCGCCAGCUUUGACAAACUGAUGGCACACAAGCGAAUGGCGAUGAAAGUCGAGUAUACCCACAUCCACUGUCCUAUCUGCACGCUGGAUUUCAAAACAAGCGAUGCCAAGGACAAACACAUUCUCCAGCAGGAGCACCCGCAAGAGCAGAACUUAGUCUGCCCAGGCUGCAAGAAGACCUUCGUCCGGCUUGCUGCUUGGAUGAGUCAUUUAGAGCAUGAUGAAUGCAAUUCAAUCAGACGACAGGACAUCGACAGAAACCGCGCCCAGAAACUUACAUUCACCCAUGAGCUUGAGAAACGUAGCGGUUCCCAAUUCGGUGACUACUUCCCCGCGUCACACCCAAGUGUUGAGUCUGCCUUUGACAAGCCGUACAUGGCCCACCCGUCCUACUUCAAGCCAGAUGACUUUCCGGAUCUGAAGGAAGAAGAGGGUACAAAUGAUGUAGUCAAACGGAACACCGGCCUCGUAGCAAAUAAGACAGCGUCGUCGGAUGACAUCAACAACCCAUCUCACCCAAAGUUUGACCCUCGGAAGUACUAUAACGCUUUCACCGGCAAGUUCAAAUGCCCACAGUCAUCUUGCAGGAAGAGUUUCGACACAAGCGGUGCUCUCAUCAUCCAUAUGAAGGCAGCCACCUCCCACUACAACGCAAAGCUACAGUGCCCAGGAUGCCUCCGCUACUUCAGAGACGCGUCCUCUUUGACGGCGCACUCCGAGUCGGAGACUGAUCGUUGCUCCAUUCGACACUCCGAGAAUUACCGCAAUUACCUUGACCAGCUGACUGGAGGCAUGGCGGAUGUGAAUGACAAACAUCGGGACGGCACGGUCAAGUACGAGGUUAGCACGGAGGCUAUCAUCAAGUUCGGCACCCAGCAGGCUAAGAAGGCCACGGAGGACUAUAUUGAGAAAACGCAGGCUGAUCAACAAGAAUAUUGGGCUCGCAACCACCCUGUUUGGUGAGAAUCCAUAUUAGGGAGCGAUUAUUCUCAGGGCCAUGGACAUCGGAGGUCGCCCUAGGCAUGCAGAGAGGACAUCAAGCUAGCUUGACUAUAGCGAUAUCAACUCAAGGCUACAGGGAAUUAUUCAAGUCGUUGAAUGCGAAGGGACUCCUCAGCAUACUUCCAAGACGACCUGGUUCAAUUUGAUGCGACUAGUACGCUGGCCGAAUUGGUAAUAAACUCAAUUCCUUAGAGCCAUGCCUAUGGCGUGGUCGAUCUGCAGGAAUGGCUCGCUGCACGACCUUCUUAGGUCGCCCGAGGUCUCGUUCUCCAAAGGCGAUUGCGCACAAUGUGUGCUGCCGUUCUCUUGAUAAAAAAUCGCCGCAACGACUUCUUACUGGCAGACUUCGGGGAAAUGUGAACAGGAACUAUUUAGAAGUCCAAGACCUAGAGGUCGUGCGAGACUGUUCCCCGAUGUGGCGCGCAGCCUGAUGACAUUUUACG